UGAGGCACCAAUAACACUGAGGUGGAAUAUUCUGUCCGGUCCCCCUCACCCUACCCAGCUCUGCGCUUAGCCCGGCUCUUUCCUUCCCCUGCGUUGGCUUCGCUUUGGCCCCACCGUCCCUAGAUCCCCCUCUGCAAUGCUGCCGACACUGGCAGCUCCAAAUUCCCCAGCGCCUGUGAAACUUUGUUCGAUUUUUCCAUUUUCUUAAUUUUUUUAUUUUGUAUUUUUUUAAGCCUUGGAGGAGUUCAACCUGUGGAUUACACGAUGAACGGAGCAAGACUGAGGAAAUGGAAUAAUUGAAUAACCAGGAUUUUUAACUCACAAAUUUUGCUGAUUGGGUUCAUAACAAAGGCUGUGAUUUUUCUAUUCACUUCUGCAUGAGGAGGCUUUGCCCCCAACUCAAAGGAUAAUACCUGAAAUUGUCUUCAUACCACUAUGGCUGAAGCCACUCGGUCCAAUGGAGUGGCGGCACCACAGGCGAGCUCCCUCAGGUCCAAAGGCCUGGGGCUCCUCGGGAAGCUGAAGAUGUCGGCGGAGCUGCUGAUAGCUCUGGUUGCCCUCCUGUCCUGGGUGACGGUGGGAGUGGUGAUGUUUGACUUUGUGGAGUACAAAGCAGUCCCUGACAUUCAGCAAAUCGUCACAGACCCUGUUGGAGCAGUAAACGAUGCCUAUGAUGAAGUUUCCAGUCUGCUCAACAAGUUUCAAGAAUGUGCACCUGAUCUAAGUGACCCCAUGUCUGUUGCCACUUACGCCGCUGAGGAAAUAUCACAUGCAAAAGAUGGAGUUGUUCGCUAUUUUUCUGAUGAGGAAGGGAACUUCUACCUCGACUAUGUUGACCCCGUGGUCGUCGGUAGACAGGCUUUCCACUCAACGAAUGACUUCAUGUGUGGAGUCGUGGGCUCUUUCAGGGACACAUUGUGUGCUAUAGUGGAUACUGUAUUGGAUACUAUAUUAGAUAUCAAUAAAGGAAAAACUGACAUUAGCUACAUAGACCCUGUGCACGUAGGCAGAGGCGUCUUCGGUGUUAUUAAUGACUUCAUGUGUGGAGUGGUGGGCUACAUCCAGGGUGUGCUCUGUGCCAUUCUGGACACUAUCCUGAAUGUAGUGAAAGGAACCACUGACAUCAGCUUCAUGGACCCUGUGGUGGCUGGCAGAGGGGCCUUCAGUGUGACUAAUGACACUGUGAGUGGAAUCGUGGGCUACAUCCAGGACGUGCUGUGUGCCAUCUUAGACAAAAUACUGGACAUAACAAAAGGGACCACUGACGUUAGCUUCAUUGACCCUGUGGUUAUUGGCAGAAAUGUCUUCAGUGUUACUAACGACUUUGUGAGUGGAAUAGCCGGAUACAUCCAAGAUGUUCUCUGUGCAGUCAUGGAUGUUAUACUGGACGCGGUACAAGGUAUCCAGAAUGCUUUGGGAUUCAGCCCCAUGUCAGCCCUACAGAGGACAGCAGAAAUCACCAAAGAACAGAUCAACAUGCUUGUUGGCUACGUCUCCUCAAUGCUGAUCGGCGAACAAGGGAUCAUGCCUGAAGUGUCCAUUGACCCCAUGAAAGUUGUUCAAGAUGCUGUUCUGGAAAUGUCAGACAAGAAGGAUUUGUUUAUAGCUUACAUGGCAAGCAUGUUUGUUGGUGAUCAAGGUGAACCUGUUGCCACACCGGUUGUAAACAUAGUGACUGAAAAAGAUGAAACCGUUGCUCCUGUGCCUGAUAUAAAAUUGGUACAGAGGAAAGGUGAAUUCCUGCCACCUCUCGAAAAAGUUACAGAGAUCAUGCAGGCUGCCAAAGAAGAAGCUGCUGCUGCUGCUGCUGAGUUAAGUGAAGCCCCAGACUCAAAGAUGGAGGAGGAAGCUGAAGUUCCCUCUGAAGCAGAUGAGACAGAGGCAGAGGAAGAUGAUGUGAAACGUGUCGACGUUGAAGAAACUGAACAUGAGCGAGCGCCGGAAGAUGAGGAGAUCCUCCGUGAUCAUGACGAGGAGGAAGAGGAGGAGGAGAAAGAAUAUGACAGAGGCAUUGUAGAGGGGGACACUGAGAAGGAAGAGGAAGAGGUGAUUAAAGCCGAGGGGGAUGCAGCAAACAUCGAGGAAGAGGAGGAGGAGGAGGAGGAGGAGGAGGAGAAAGAAUAUGACAGAGGCAUUGUUACCGAAGAGGAGGAUGAAUUAAAAACAGCAGAUGAUGAAGACAAACAAGAAGUGGGAGAUAUUAAAAAUGAAGAUGUCGAGAUAGAAGCAGAAGAGAAGGAGGAGGAGGAGACAAAAACAGAAGCAGAGGUGAUAGAAGAUGAGGAAGAAGAGGAGGAGGAGGAGGAGACCAAAGCUGAAGAACUUUUUGUACAAGGAGAGGAGGAAACCAAAACAGUGGAAGAGGCCCUAGAAGACGAUGAGGAGGAGGAGGAGGAGACCAAAGCUGAACAAGUUUUGGAGGAGGAGGAGGAGGAUGAGACCAAAGCAGAUGAAGUUUUGGUACACAUAGAGGAGGAUUUGGAGACAAAAACAGGAGAAAAUGUGGUAGAAGAUGAGGAGGAGGAAGAGCCGGAGAUGGAGGCCAAAACUGAAGAAGUUUUGGUAGACAUCGAGGAGGAGGAGGAGAGCAUAGAAGAAGUUGAGGAGACCAAAAUGGAAGAUGAGAAGGAGGAAGAAGAGGGGACAAAUACUGAAGAUGCUAUAGAAGAGGAGGAGAAGGAGGAAGAGGACACAAAAACAGAUGAAGAGGCUGAUGAGGAGGAGACUGAGGAUAAAUAUCUUCAUGAAGGAAAAGACAAAGAAAACACUGAAAUAAGCGACACUGGUGUCAAAGAAGAGUUCAUAAAAACUGACCAGGAUGAUCUAGCGCUAGACCUUCAUGAUGGUGAGUCUUUUGAUAAGGAGGAGGAGGAAGAGCAGGAAGAAAUGGAGAUUCAUGUGGGGGUGGAUGAUGAAGAGGAAGAAAAAGAGCCAUCUCCCCAACAACUCGACCUCAAAAUCCUGUCAGCUGAGAAACCCGACAAUGCUAGUGCAGCACCUGAAUCCAAUGAUGAGGAAGAAGAGACAGCUGCUCUCGACAAAGACGAAUACUCCGACAUCAUCGACGACCAUGAUGAAAACAACAACAACAGCGAAAGCGGGAAACCUGAACUCAAACGAAAGAGGAAGGUUCAUAUUCCCUAUGAGAGGCUCAGAAGACUUGGAUCAAGAGCUGAUCACAAGCCUGAGAAAGUUCUCAAAGAGGCAAAGGAAAGGCACGCAAUAAAAGAAGUUAAAGAUGCCAUUAUUAAAGACCUCAAAGCUGCAGAAACUGAAAAAAAGGAGACAAAAGAAGCCAAACACGAGGAGACCACAGAGAUACAAUUAGAAGAAGAAAAGCCAAAGGAGGAGGCCAAACCUGUGGAGAAGAAAUUCAAGAAACCACCCAAAGAAGAGAAAGAAGUAAAGAAACCUCUCAAAGAAGAGAAAGAGGUCAAGAAACCCAUCAAAGAAGAGAAAGAAAUCAAGAAACCCCUAAAAGAAGAGAAAGAAGUCAAGAAACCUCUCAAAGAGGAAAAAGAAGUCAAGAAACCCAUCAAAGAAGAGAUAGAAGUAAAGAAACCUCUCAAAGAAGAGAAAGAGACACCACCCAAAGAAGAGAAAGAAGUCAAGAAACCCACCAAAGAAGAGAAAGAAAUCAAGAAACCCAUCAAAGAAGAGAAAUACUUAAAGGCACCAUCCAAAGAAGUGAAAGACAUCAAGACACCACCCAAAGAAGAGAAAGAAGUCAAGAAACCCACCAAAGAAGAGAAAGAAAUCAAGAAACCCAUCAAAGAAGAGAAAGACUUAAAGGCACCAUCCAAAGAAGUGAAAGACAUCAAGACACCACCCAAAGAAGAGAAAGAAGUCAAGAAACCUCUAAAAGAAGUGAAAGAAGUCAAGAAACCUCUAAAAGAAAUGACAGAGGUAAAGACACCACCCAAAGAAGAGAAAGAAAUCAAGAAACCCAUCAAAGAGAAAGACAUCAAGAAACCAUUGAAAGAAGAGAAAGAUGUUAAGAAACCUCUCACAGAAGAGAAAGAGACACCACCCAAAGAAGAGAAAGAAAUCAAGAAACCUCUCAAAGUAGAGAAAGAAAUCAAGAAACCCAUCAAAGAAGAGAAAGAUGUCAAGAAACCUCUCAAAGAAGAGAAAGAGGUAAAGAUACCACCCAAAGAAGUGAAAGAAAUCAAGAAACCUCUCAAAGAAGAGAAAGAGGCAAAGACACCACCCAAAGAAGUGAAAGAAAUCAAGAAACCUCUCAAAGAAGAGAAAGAGAAAGAUGUCAAGAAACCCAUCAAAGAAGAGAAAGAGGUAAAGACACCACCCAAAGAAGAAAAAGAAGUCAAGAAACCUAUCAAAGAAGAGAAAGAAGUCAAGAAACCUCUCAAAGAUGAGAAAAAGGUAAAGACACAACCCAAAGAAGAGAAAAAAGUCAAGAAACUAUCUAAAGAAGAUAAAGAAGUCAAGAAACCCCUCAAAGAAGAGAAGGAACCAAAGACAGAGCCAACAAAGCCUUCUAAAGAAGAGAAAGAAAUUAAGAAGGCUGCUACAGACAAAGAACCUGUCAAGAGGAAAGAGGAUAAGACAGCUGAUGAACCCAAAAAGGCUGUGAAGGCUGUCAAAAAGCAGAUACCCGUAAUUCCUGUUCUGAAAAAGGAACUUGUCAAUGUUACAAAAACAGAGGUUCCUGAGGUCCCUAAGGCAAAAGCCAAAGCAGAACCUAAAAAGAAAGCUGAUGAACCCAAGAUGACCAUGAAGGUGGUCAAAGCUGUAAGAAAGCAGAUAGCUCCUGUCCUGAAAAAGGAACAUCUUAAUGUUACAAAGACAGAAGUUCCUGAAGCUCCUAAGCUGAAAGCCAAAGCAGAACCUGCAAAGAAAGUGGCAGCUCCCAAGGAGCCCAAGAAGGAACUCAAACCUGAACCUGUAAAAUCAGCUAUGAAGGAAAAGGCCAAAGCAGCUCCUGCUAAGAAAGAAGCUGUUAGAGCUGAUAAAGAAAAGGCCAAACCAGUCACCUUGAAAAAAGAAAAAGAGGAGACUCCCAGAAACGCCACUCUGGUAAAAGAGAGAGUCAAAAUAGUGCCAAUGAAAAAAGUGGUCAAGGCGCCAAAAGAGAAAGUCAAAGCAGUUCUAGCACAGAGAGAACUCGCUCCACUCAAGAAAAAAGCUGCCCCUGUCGUUAAAGUGGCAGAGGCACCACACAAAAAUGUCUCGCUGACAAAGGAGAAGGUGAAGGUUGUGCCACUGAAGAAAGUGCCUGUAACUCCAAAAGAGAAAGUCAAACCAGCACCAGCUGAAAAAGCUGAGGUUCUCAAGGAGAAGAAGGCCGAGCCAGUGACUCCCACAAAAGCACCUGUUAUCAAAGCAAAAACCGCUGAGAAGAAGAAAGAAGCUGUUGUGAAAGCAAAGGCUAAAAUCUCACAGAAAGAAGCUGAGGCCAAGCCAAUUCUUGCCAAAAAGGCACCAGAGGUCGCAAAGGAGAAGCCUAAGCCAGCUCAUGAAAAGAAAGCUCUGACUGGGACGAAGAAGGAAAAGAUCAGCUCUCUCCUAAAGAAGAAAGAGCUGGAGACUCCAAAAGAAAAGGACAAACCUGCUGCAGCGAAGAAAGCCAUCCUCAGGGAAAAGCCCAAACCAGUCCGUCUGAAGAAAGAAGACAGAGUUCCUAAAGAAAAACAAGAGCCUGUGAAGAAAGAAAAACCAGUGGAGAAGAAGGCAGCCAAAGAGGAGAAGGCAAAAGUGGACAGAGUUCUUAAAGAGAUACAGGAGCCUGCAAAGAAAGACAAGAAGAAAGUUGCCAAAGAGGAAAAAGUAAAAGAGCCUUCCGUGUCAGACAGCUUUCAGAUGGAGGAUGAGCUGCCCUACUUCCAGUGUUUCUUUGUGGACGAGGAGGAGGCCCAGUUCCCGUUCUACGCCUUCUCCCCGCUGGAGAUUUGAAGCUUCAGUCUGAAUCCAGCCUGAGGUUUACAAUUUAGCCAACCCACUGAUAACGACGAGGUCAAGUCACCGAGCGCGCCCUGCACCUCUGUUCACUGUUAGCCUUCAGGAGAGAAAACCUGGGCAAAGCAGAGGAUGAUGGGUGAUUUGAUGUGACGGACCGACUUUAUUUUUUUGUUUCCAGAUCUGGUCGAGCUCUCGUACCAAAUACAUGCAGCCAGUGUCAUUCCUUUCCAUUUUUUUUAUGUAUUUAUUUUUUUGUGUGUUGAAUUUUUCCUAUUGAAAUGUGGAUAGAAAGCGAUUAUUCAAACGGAACAACAGAGAACAUUACCUUUGUGGAGCAUUUAUUUAAGUCCUCACAGCUGCACAUAAACAGGAUGGUGCAUUUUUUUUUUUUUUAAAUAAGAAACAUAUUGUAAAGUACUUUCAAAUGUGCAGUAAACAGGGUACAAAAAUGACCACAAUUCAUGACAGACGGGUGUCCAAUUCCUCCAAAGUCACAUCAACUUGAAAACUUGUUUCUAUAGUAAUCGUACAUACAUUUUUAUCUUCGGUGAUUUGUGUACUUUUUUCUUGGUUUUUUAGGGCUCAACUUAUCCUACUUUUAAAGCCCUUACAUCAACAAUUAGGCAUUUAUAGUCUGUGCAUAAGUCUUGAUACAUUUUCAAGGAAACUUUUAACUUUUCACACAUAUUCCACUAUUUUAUCCCCUAAUGGGUACAAACAAGGAAUCAAAGCAUUAAUGAAAGCAAGGAAAGUUUUUUUUUGUCUACUUACAUGUCAAAAGGAAUGACAAUGCACUGUAUAUGAGAGCUCCCAACACUACCUGAAACGCUACCUUUAAAGUCUUAUUAGACUGUACCAUGUAGAUGCCACGUGUGCCAGCUCCUCGUUUCAGACACUGGUGCUAAAAACAAGCUUUGCAUCGUCCGCACUGUCAGAAUGAGGCCCCGAGUUUGUAUUACUGGACGACGAGUUUGUCCGAGUCAAUGAGGUGGCGAGUAAAAGUCUUUUCUUGCACAGUUAUUGAAAAUUGUUUUACAAGCUGCAGCAUUAAAAGUACAGUAGGGCACAUGUGAUUAAUUUUUUGUCAGUCAGAAGGGAUGACUGCUGUGACUAACGGCAAUUCCUUGAUAGACCAAAAAUGCGGUCACUAACGUUUGGUUAGUGGCUGUUUGUCUGUAGAAACACAAUUUAUUUUUUACAACCUUUUCAGCGGGUUCUUAUCAACCGGAAAGGGUCAGAAAAUGUUUCAAAGUCUUUGAUUGUGUCAUCAGUUGUAAUGUUUUUAACAUAUAUAACACAAGCAUAUAAUUGUAUUACAUCCGAUUACUGUGCUGAAACAAAGGUGACAGGUUUCAUAUGACAGUUUACGGAAGUCCUGUGCUUGUGAUGUACACUUUGGACGACUUCAGAUUGAUUGUGAAUACUGAAACUGCUCAUAAUAUCCUAGUCAGGUAUUUGAAAUCUCUGAAGAACAAAGAGAGCUGGAAGAAUCAGCUCCUUCACAGGUUUAUUUUGUCAACCUGAACGCUGUGGUUAACGUGGUGAUGUUGGAGAUGGAACUGUGUGUCUGCACAUCGUGUGAUCGCCCUCUGGGUUGUUGCAGAGGGCGCCACAUGCUCGAGCAGAUGAUCUCAGAUGUACACUGGUGCAUUAUUUCUCAGCUUGCACCAGCUGCUGUUUACAUGUAGUUCUUUACGUUUUGCUCCAUAUGCUGCAUAGAAGGCAGUUAUUAUUACAGCUUGUGACAGUAAUCCCAAAUUAAAUCCACUUAUCAUUUAAAUAAAAGAAUCAGAGUAUUCAUGAGUACAUAUAUGGUGCAUACAAUCUGCUUUGGGGUGAUGUUCCACCAUCACUUAUCCCAAAGCAACAAUGUGAAAGAAGAGAUGAAAAGAGACUGAAAGAAGAGAUGUUGCCGCAAAUAUUUAAUUCAUGGCAACAAAAGAUACAUAUUUGUUUCAAUGAGUUUACUGAACUAUAUUUAAGCCUCACUUUAACCUGGUAAACAUGUGCAAUACAUACAUUUUUAAAUAUUUGGGUGAUCCAUACAUCGUAUGUUUGUCAGAUAGCCGUUGAAUGAAAUGUGCAUGAUGCGUGUUUUUGUUUUAUGCUCUCAAGUGUUUCUGUGAUAUUUACCCCAACGUUCAAAAUGGCAGCACUAAAUACUUGAACUUUUUUGACACCAAUCCGUCAGUCAGUUGUGUUGCUAACAUGAGAUGUAAUUCAUGGUUACAACAAUUUCAUUGUAAAUAGUUAAAUAAAUUGAGAAAAAGGAAUGUUUAAUCCAGUCCCUGCCACUGACACUGCUCUUUACCUGCAGGUAGAUUCACAUCAUGUAUCAUUUAUUAGCUACAUCUUCCUUAUGCUUGUGAAUAGUAGCAAAUCUGAAAUUAAAACAGAGCAAUGCGAA